AAGUCGACCACCAAAAAAAAACCUUUCAUCAUGCUGCGUCUAAUUGCUGCUGCUCUUUUCCUGAUUCCUGCUGUCCUUACUGAAGUCAACGUUCAACCAUGUCCACAAGGAAAUCUCCCAACUGUCUUUGAAUUGGUAUCUUGUAGCCAUGGCCCAUGUCCGCCAAUUAUUGAAGAUACCGUAAUGACACUAAGAAUUGGAAUCAGGACCAAUUACAUAACAACACGUCUCCCGGCUUACGUUGUCAUCAUAAUCGACGAUGUCGAGGAAACCUUUCCACUGGAAUACGGAGAUGCUUGUAUCAAUAUCGAGGGAUAUUGUGAUCCCUACUUACCAGCUGGAGAAUAUUAUUUCAAAACCAGAAUAAUGACAGCCGGAGUACCAGUUAAUAAGGAAUUCACUGUUCGCAUUGCGAUCUUUGACGACAAUGAACGAAGUGUAGCUUGUGGUCAGAUGCCAAUCAUCGUGGAACCUAGGACCUGAACUCCAACCAAACUUUAAAAAAAUCAAAUGAAAAUCUUAAAACCAAAAUAUCAACAAUAUAAUCACUAAAACAAAUUCUGUUUGCGUCUUUGAAAGACAAUUUAGAUAAUGAUGGGUUUAACUCUUUCGCGUCAUUAGGGUCAUAUAUGAUCCGGGCGAAAAACUUUUUUUUUGACUAUUUACAUUAAUUGAAAUCUAUCGGUUUGUGCACGACAUCAUAAUAGAAGGAUGUAAGAUUCUUGGCUAAUUUUCUCAAGACUCCAGAAAUUCAGGAAAAGAAAAUAUUUGAGAUCAAAAAUCACUAAUUUCGAACUUUGUGAAAUGACUUUUCUUUUUCAAAAUUUUUCAUGUUAAUUUAUUUUUUUCAGCAAAAAGUUCUUUAGAAACACAAAAUAGAAUAUCCAAAGAUUGUUUAUUGCAUAUUUUGAUAUAAUAAACUACUCUCAAUUUUUCAGAAAA